AUGGACCUGCAUAAGACCAUUUUUAGAAUAGGUAAAUGGAGAAUAAUAAAUAAAAUAGGUGAAGGAGGUUUCGGACAAGUAUAUCGCGUACAAAAUAUCCAUAAACCGUAUAAAUUUGGUGCAUUAAAAAUUGAACCGAAUAAUCAACUUGGUGAAUCGACUAUUAAAUUAGAAAUCGCAAUAAUAAAAAGGUUAAAUCAAAAUGUCGAAAAUCACCACCAUGUGAUUCAAUUAUUUCAUGCCGCAAAACGUCGUAAAUUUUCCUAUAUGGUCGUUACACUUUUAGGUGAAAAUUUGCGAAAUUUAAAGCGAAAAUGUCCAAAUCAGUUGAUGACAGCAAAAACAUGGAGUCGAAUCGGAAUUCAGUGCUUGUAUAGUUUAAAAUUAUUGCAUGAUAUUGGAAUCGUUCAUCGAGACAUAAAACCAGCGAAUUUCGUUCUUGGAAGCGAAAACGAUCCACAACGAGCCAGAUUUAUUCAUAUUCUCGAUUUUGGCCUAUCGAGGAAUUUCGCGUUCGAAGAAAAGAAGGAUUCAUGGAUAGCGAGGAAAGCACGACCAACAGCCCAUUUUCGAGGCACAUUACGAUAUUGCUCAGUGUCUGCUCAUGAUAAAAACGAACAACUUAUGGAAAAUAAUAAAUUUUCCAUAAAUAAUCGCGAAAUUCGAUUUGAAAAGGGACGUAAGGACGAUAUUUGGUCAUUAAUUUACAUACUAAUCGAAAUGCAUUGUGGACUUCCAUGGCAAAAAGAAAAAAAUAAAAAAAAGUUGCAAAUUAAGAAAAUGACAAUCACUGAUAAGGAAUUAUUUCGGAAUUUCCCAGCAGAAUUCAACGUCGUAUUACCACAUCUAAGAGAAUUAAAUUAUUACAGCCGACCAGAUUAUUUUCUUAUUUACAAAUGCUUUCACGACGUAAUAAAACGGCUAAAUAUUAAAUAUAAUGAAAAAUUUGACUGGGAAACUGAUGAACAAUUUAAUAAAAUGAGUGCCAAAAUGAAACAACCCGACUAUGACGCAGUUGAAGCAUUCUUCAAAAAAGAUCCACUAAAAAUUAAUGGACCACCAACGUCAAUCGGCCAAAAAAAAUUCUUUUUCAAACAAAACUGA